CCACCAUGUUCAGCCACCAGCAGCAGCUACAGCAGCAGCAACUGCAGCAGCAGCAACUGAUGCAGCUCCAGCAGCUGCUCCAGCAGUCCCCGCCGCAGGCCCCGCUGCCCAUGGCUGUGAGCCGCAGCCUCCCCCAGCAGCAGCCUCAGCAGCAGCUCCUGAACCUCCAGGCCACGUCCCUCCUCAAUGGCUCCAUGCUGCAGAGAGCUUUGCUUUUGCAGCAGUUGCAAGGACUGGACCAGUUUGCAAUGCCACCAGCCACGUAUGACAGUGCCGGCCUCAGCAUGCCCACAGCAACACUGGGCAGCCUCCGCAGCUACAACAUGGCAACCCCAAGCCUGACAGCUCCCAGCAUUACACCGCCCCAGCUGGGGCCUCCCAGUCUGCAGCAGUUCUUUCCCCAGGCCACUCGCCAGUCUCUGCUGGGCCCCCCUCCUGUUGGGGUCCCCAUGAACCCCUCGCAGCUCAACCUUUCAGGGAGAAACCCCCAGAAACAGACCCGGACUCACUCCUCUACCACCCCCAAUCGCAAGGAUUCUUCUUCUCAGACGAUGCCGGUGGAAGAUGGGGCAGACCCCCAAGAGGGGUCUGAAGAAGCCGAAGAGCCCAGAAUGGACACACCCGAAGACGGAGAUUUGGCCCCCUGCCCAGAUGGCAUCUUGAGUGAGAAACGCACUCCCACACCUGAGCCUGAACCGUGUGAGGUGACUGAGCCACUGGCCAAGAGGUCGAGAAGCUCAGAGCUGCCCACAGAGAAGGGACCUCCAGGGCCGUCACAGGUGAAGGUGCCGCCUCCGGCCCGGAUGACAGUGCCCAAGCAGACCCAGACACCAGAACGGCUGCCGGAGCUACCGGGAGCCCGGGUGCUGCCUCGGUUCCAGCCACGGGUCCUGCAGAUCCAGGCUCAGGUGCAGCCCCAGACUCUCCCACAGAUGCCACCUGUGGACACCCAGGUGCCACUGAAGCUGCAGAAGCAGGCACAAACACAGACCUCCCCAGAGCACUUAGUGCCACCGCAGAAGGAGACAGAGCUGCAGAAGCAGGUGCCUGGCCAGGGCCAGCCAAGGGGCCAGACGUGGGAGCAGCCCUCAGAGCAGCCUUCCGCCCAGGUGGCCGUGCAGUCAGCGGAGCAGACCCGGGGCCAGCCUGAGCCCCAGCCACAAGGGUUAGUGCCCACCCCAGAGCGAGCACCAGUUCCUACGGAUGCCACGGUGCUGGGGACGCCGCCCAACGUCACAGCAGAGGCUGGGGGAGGCAUGGAGGAAGCCUUGCCAGAGCCGGUGGGGGCCCAGGUCAGGGUAGCAGCGAGCCAGGAGUCACCGGCCAGUGGUCUGCACCCGGGAGAAUGUGAAAAAAGAGCACGAGAGAUGCUUGGGAUGUGGGGUGCCGGGGGCUCCCUGAAGGUCACCAUCCUGCAGAGCAGCGACAGCCGGGCCUUUAACACCACACCCCUCACACCGGUGCCUCGUCCCAGCGACUCUUCCCCUGCCACCCCGGCAGCCGCCAGCACGCCUUCUAAGCAGGGCCUUCAUUUUUUCUGCUAUGUCUGCAAGACCAGCUGCAGCAGCCAGCAGGAGUUCCAGGACCACAUGUCGGAGGCCCAGCACCUGCAGCGGCUUGUGGAGCUCCAGCACACGAACCACGCGUGCCUCCUGUCCCUGCUUCCCAUGCCCAGGGACGCCCUGGAGAGAGACGAGGAAGAGCCACCACUGAGGCGCUGGUGCAACACCUGCCAGGUACACUAUGUGGGGGACCUGAUCCAACACCGAAGGACACAGGACCACAAGGUCGCCAAACAGUCCUUGCGGCCCUUCUGCACUAUUUGCAGUCGCUACUUCAAGACCCCCCGCAAGUUUGUGGAGCAUGUGAAGUCCCAGGGCCACAAGGACAAAGCCAAGGAGCUGAAGACGCUUGAGAAGGAGAUGGCCGGCCAGGACGAGGACCACUUCAUCACAGUGGAUGCUGUGGGCUGCUUUGAGGAUGAUGAAGAGGAGGAGGAGGAGGAG